AUGCGAGGCAUCCCUAAAGAAAAGAACUUAAUCGUUCUUGACACUGGUGCAGACGCAAAUUUUACAUAUUCAUAUUUAUGGAAAAACAACGACCACAUCCAGUUUAAGAACCUUUCCAUUUCAAAAGGAUCAACUAGAACAUGUCCUUCACUUACAGCAACACCUGCCUUUGGUGUUUCUCUCAUUAUUACCACACAAAUUUAUUUAACAAUUCAAAUUGGUAAUGCCAAAAUAACCGAAUGGUUUUAUGUCAUUCCUCAGAAAAGGUCUCACAUUAUAUUAGGUAAACCUUUAUUGAAGAAACUACAUUACCAUUUAUCUCCGAAGGAUGAAUCCCUAACAAUCCAAGAUACUACCAUCGAUGUUACACAUUUCCCAGGUAUUUCUGCUACUAACACACUAUUAAAAAUCGAGAAAAUACCAUUUCUAACUCAACUGAAGCAUGAAUUUGCUGAAGUAUUUUCUUCCAAUUUCUCGAUGGACCUUAAACACAAAUUUACUGCUCAUAUUUCCUUAAUUAAUUUCCCUUAUACCACUCCUAAAGCAUAUUUUGCUAGCGGAUUACGUCGUGAGGCUAUUCGGAAAUAUGUCGAUCAAUCACUCGAGAAUGGUCUUAUAAAACCAUUAUCACCUGAAGAAGUCGUCGCAGUUAGCCCUGUAUUUGCUUUGCAACAGUCCUCAGAGAAAAUCCGGAUUAUUACAGAUUUGAGGAAAGUAAAUAAGUACUUACAAUUCACACCUCGUCCGAUUCCUACCUCGUCCGAUUCCUACUACACAAUCCAUUCUUAG